AUGACAGUAUUUCUUAUAGAUGACUCCCUACAUAUUACCAAUGUUGACCCUCCUCCUCUGGUCCUCCCGGCGAAGAGGAAGAUGUCCUCCAGAUGGCAGCUGGCAGAUCACGCCGAUGGCCUGGCGAUGCUCUCCACGAUGAGGCUCAGCCGGUCUAAGCUGGACCCUUCCCAACUCCUAUCGGCCGGGCCGCCAUCUGCAACCAACACCCGGUCAGUCUCAAUGCCAACACAAUAUAUUGUAUAG